AUGCGGUUGAAUGCCAAGAAAACCAAAGAAUUUCGUGUAUCCUUUUUACAAUCUGAACCUGAAUUUGAUCAUCUGACAAUAAACGGUAGUCCGCUUGAAGUUGUUGAUAGUUUCAAACUCCUGGGUAUCACUCUAAGCAGCGAUCUGUCCUGGAACAUUCACGUUUCAAACAUAUCUGCUAAAGCAAGCAAGCGACUAUAUGCCCUACGAAUCCUGAAACGCCAUGGUGUUCCAGUAAAGAAUCUAAUCUCCAUCUUCUGUUCAUUCAUUCGUCCAGUGCUUGAGUAUGCAUGUCAAGUUUGGCACUCAUCUCUGCCAUUGAUGUUAUCAGAUCAAAUCGAACACAUCCAAAAACGAGCUUUAAAGAUUGUGUUCCCACAUCAUUCAUACGCUGAAGCCCUUGAUAAAGCAAAACUAAAAACACUUCAAGAACGAAGAGAAAUUCA